AACUGCAAGCAGUCAGUCGCCAGCCGACCGUGCCGCGCGAGUCGCGUGAAUUAUGUUUUGCCCCGUGUUUUGUCUCGUAACGCCGUGACGACGACGCUUGGGGAAACGCGGGACCUGUGGAUCGUCGUCGAGAGACGGCGCGCCGACAGAGAUACAGAUUUUCCGUCGGCGGCCCGGUAAAAUCAACAGACGCCGCGGAAUAUCAGAAGCUUCGGGGGAUGCGAAAACCGGUGGACGAUGUCGAUGAGACCGGGCUUGGGGCCCAAGUUGUUUCUCGUGCUGGUGACGACCACGAUCGUUAUCGGCAAUUAUCAACGGCAUCGCGAGAGGACUCACCUGCGCGAGCAGCUCGUUAACGGCCACAAAAUCACCAGGAACGUCACUCGAUUGCAAGAUCUCUCGAUGUCGGCCAAUCUCCUCGUGACGAGUGAGUUCCAAUUAAUUCCGAUAUUGACCGGGCCGGGAGUAGGAACGAACGAAGGAAGGAAGGAGAUCGCGUUGCGCGCUUUUGAUCCGUUCCCCUUUCGUCGAAUUAGACCGCCGAUGACGGAUCGUCCGCAAUUAACCGGCCCGGACGUAAUUAAAAUCGACGACGAUCGGUUCGAAACGAAGGACAGAUAUUUGGGUUGAUACGGUUGAA